CACCUAAUCCUGCCGGUCAGAAUGCUACCAAUGCCAUGUUAGAUGGUAAUGGUAAAUUCAAUUCAAUGAAUGUGCAACCUAACAACCAACAACAACAAGGCCAACAGAAUCAAAAUCAAGGCAAUUGCAAUACAAAUAAUGCCAGCCUCAAUACAGCUGGAACACCCGCCAAUAUGAAUAUGUGCAACUCAAAUAAUGCCAAUAAUACAACACCCGCGCAAAGUCCUUCACCACGUGCACAAGCACCAACGUAUCCGCCUCCACCACCACCACCAAUGUUGCCCGUCUCAUUGCCAACCUCAGUGGCAAUACCUAAUCCUUCACUGCACGAGUCGCAAGUCUUCUCACCAUAUAGUCCAUUCUUUAAUCCUCAUCCACCGCAUGCACCACCGCCACAACCUCAACACGGUCCGCAUAGUGGUACGCAUGCAACGCCAACAGCCGCACAAAUGCAUCACCUAAAGAUGUCAUCCAGUCCACCAGGCGGACUCGGCAAUAUGAUGGAUUCACGCGACUCACCGCCACUGCCACAUCCACCUACAAUGCUACAUCCCGCCUUGCUAGCAGCCGCACAUCAUGGCGGUUCACCCGACUACAGCGCACAUCUGCGUGCAGCAAUGGACGCACAAGAUCGCAACUCCGACUGCAAUUCAGCCGAUAUGCAAUUCGAUGGCAUGCAACCAACAAUAUCCUUUUUGAAGCAGCAAAUGAUCAAAAACGAAUCCCUAUCACCUUUGCAUUCGUCGACAUUAACUCCAAUGCAUCUGCGUAAGGCCAAGCUGAUGUUCUUCUGGGUGCGUUAUCCCAGCUCAGCUGUACUGAAGAUGUAUUUCCCGGAUAUCAAAUUCAACAAAAACAACACAGCACAAUUGGUGAAAUGGUUCUCAAACUUCCGUGCGUGCCAUAAACGGCUAUGCUCAAAUCAACAUAGUUCACCUGGUUUGGCUACGGAACAACCCUCAGCACAAAUGUCAUUCACACACGAAGACAUUCCUGAAGACAGCUGGUCUUUGAAAAUAAAUCCAAGACGUUGCCAGUAA